CGAUUUACAAAGUGCAAAAACGGCCGAAUAUCGAUUCGAAUACAAGGUUUCAGUGGAAUUUUAUCGGUGCAAUGAUUCCUCCAGUGGAAAUAUGCCAAGAAAAUGUAUUUCCUGUUGAUGAAAAUUGGCGCUGAAAUAUCUUUUAUCAUUGGUAGCUGAUGCAUCUCUCUCCAAAUUUGCAGGACACAAUUGUAUUUUUAAACAAGGCAAUGGACAUGUGUUUUCCGAACGAAUCUUUGAUUUUUCCCAACGAUCUCGAGUUUCACAUAGACGAAAUAGUUUGGCACAGAUAUCCAUUAGUUUGUCAUGAAUGGUUAGUGUUGUUGUUAUGGUCGUGGUUGUGGUAUUUUUUCACACUGACAGUCAUAAUCAGAGGGAAAGUACCCCGUGGAAGUGAGGGGUUCUGCGAGGUUUCCGUCGAAAAAAUUGAGAAGUCACCGUCAAAACAAAGAUUAUGGAGACACUCAGGAAAGUCGCAGUCACUUUUCAACCUAAUGUUAUCGCCUUCCAAAGAUAUCAGACUCUUGGAUCUAGAAGAUAUUCAAAAAAUCCGAUAUAUCGAAAAUAGGGAAAGUCAGGAAGAUGAAAAAGACUACAAUUCGGGGGGAUAUAUGCCUAUUAAUAUUGGCGACAUUUUGAAAGGACAAUUUAAAGUAUGCAGAAAACUUGGAUGGGGGCAUUUUUCGACUGUUUGGUUGUGCCAGAAUUUGGUAGAUGAUGGUCCUACUUAUGUCGCACUAAAAAUCUGCAAGAGCGCACAAAUGUUCGCAGCAGUUGCUCAAGACGAAAUCAAGCUGCUGAAUGAAACGAAACUGAUUAAUGCUGGUCAUGUCGGUUACAAACAUAUUGUUCAGAUGGUAGACACUUUCAGACUGAUGAGUGUCAAUGGGAUCCACACUGCCAUAUCCAUGGAGAUCAUGGGACCCUCGUUACUACACCUACUCAUACAAUCCGACUUCAGAGGUAUACACUUGGAUGGAGUUCGGAGAAUAGUCUCUCAGGUUCUAAAAGGUUUGACUUACCUCCACGAAGCUUGUCGAAUAAUUCAUACCGACAUAAAACCAGAGAAUAUACUGAUCAAAGUAGAUGAAAAUUACAUAAGGAGUAUUAUUGGAAAAACUGAAAAAUUUGCCGAGUUGGGCCUUGACAUGCCACGUUCUUAUGUUGCUUCCGAUUGCUGGACAGACCAAAACAGAGAGUUAGCAGACUCUGACGAGGAUAUCCUUUCGAGGUUCGAAGGACAGAGAGGACAAUCUUAUCCUUAUGAUAAAUUUUUAGGAGAACUGACUGAUUUCAGGAAAAGACAUACUGAACCCCGCCUUAAUGCCCCAAUGUGGAUCAGUCCAAAUAUUGAGAUAAAAAUUGCAGAUUUGGGCAAUGCCUGUUGGGAGGAACAUCAUUUUUCAUCCGAGAUCCAGACAAGGCAAUACCGAGCCCUCGAAGUGAUCUUAGGAUCCGGGUACAGCUUCCCAGCAGACAUCUGGUCUGUGGGCUGUAUGGCAUUCGAAAUGGCUACCGGCGAGAUGUUGUUCAGUCCCAAAGGUGACAGGGAAUCAUCGGCUAAUUUGGAUCAUUUGUGUCUCAUUUGGGAAACGCUAGAUGGAAUUCCACAGUAUAUAACGGAAAAGGGGGCAAACUCUCGACACUAUUUCGGGAAUGGUGAAUUGCUUGGCGUAGACAAAACAUUGUUGCGUAUUUGGAGAAUAGAAGAUGUCCUUGUUGAGAAAUACAGAUGGAAAAGGGUGGAUGCGAUCCCAUUUGCGGGAUUCCUAGAAAGCCUUAUUGAACCAGAUCCUGCUCUACGCCUAUCAGCAUCUAUGGCUUUACAGAACGAGUGGAUAACUAUGAACGAAUAAUACUAAUUUUCCAAUGAAUCGUACCCAAAUAAAUUUAAAUCUGGUUAUCAAGACUGACGUUU